AGCUGAAGGCACGGUCAAAGAGAAUGCAAGGAUUAUCAUUAUUAUUUAUCAGGAUUUGCAAUUGCGAGAUCUCAGAAAAUUCCGCUGACUUUUGUGCUUGGUUUUGCACGUUAUGCGUAAAUGGAUAGGCAAUAAUCAGGUGGACAUAAUUGGGCACUAGUUUCCUGUCGUGGUUAGAUUUUCUCAAGACUGGCCCCACUGAUCAGAAAUUAGUUGGUUUACUACCAGAAGAAAAGGAAAGGAUAGCAAAUAGCUUCUUCAUACGUAGUUUCUGUUUUAUUUUUUAUUUCCAAAGCUGAAGUGCAUGUCUUUCAGUAUCAGCAGGUUACGGGAGGAGCUCAUCAAUGAAUUGUGGCUGGAUUUCAUCAUUAACAGUGUGAGCAAAUGGCAAACGUAGCAGCCGAGCUGUGCAAAGCAGUGCCCCACAAACAGCCACAAAGUAAACAGCCAACAAGAGAAACUCCAGUAUAAAACCUAAACACUCAUCAUGUCUAAGCAAAGGACCAUUCGUCUGGAUUGUGGGAAAAGCACUUCAGUGAUGUACGUCCUGGGGACUGAACUCAGCAUUGACUUAUACACUUCUUCCCCUCCAGGAUCCACAUCAUUUGAAGUACGCUUCAGCCCAGGGACAAAGUGUUCAAUUUCAAGUCAUGGUUCUGUAUUGUCAGACCAACCCAAACUAUGGCCCAUUGACAGAAGGACCUUUCUCCUGGUCACUGUGGACAUACCAAGCAGAGAUGUCAAUGACAAGAAGAUCACGGUUACCUAUUUUGGAAAGGAUGCUACUAAGCCCAUAGAUAAGAUGAUGCUGGCGCUCACAGCCGUCUACAUCUCCCUGGAUGUGGAUGCAGAUCGUGACGGCAAAAUUGAAAAGAAUAAUCCAAAUAAGGCUUCUUGGUCUUGGGGCCCUGAUGGACAUGGUGCGAUUCUUCUUGUGAACUGUGACCGGGAUAAUCUAUCUGCUUCUAAACCAGACAACGAAGACUUAGCAGUGAAUAGCUUUAACGAUUUGAAAGAUAUGUCUCGCAUUAUCCUGAGAACAGAGGGACCCGAGUCUCUGACAUCUGGUUACAAACUCCAUCUGAGCAUUUCAGCCUCUGAUAACGACAAAGUCAAUGUCUUUUAUCAUAAGCAUACAAGUAUCACAUCAGUCCUUGGGCCGAAGAAGCUGUCAUUUGCUGUUGAUUACGCAGUCGGAAGCAGCGACUAUGACUUCUAUGUGGAAGCUCUUAAGUUUCCAGAUGCGGGCAUUAACCCCUUUGUGACCAUUAACCUCAACUUGCUGGAACCAAUGACCAUUGGCGAGGCUCCUAUCUUCACAGACCGGAUUGUAUUCCGCAUUGCUCCAUGGAUUAUGACUCCAAACACUCAGGCCCCGUUGGAAGUAUUUGUGUGCAGGAUGUUUUCUGACCCAAGGUCUCCAAGUUCUGCAGGGAAUGAGGAUUUCCUGAGGGAAUUCCAGGCCUUUGUGCAAAAGGCAAGGUGCAAGCUGACAAUUUGUCCUCAGCAUGUCAAUCGUGGUGAUCGUUGGAUACAGGAUGAAAUUGAAUUUGGUUACACAGAAGCUCCUUACAAGUACUUACCUGUUGUGUUGGACUCUCCUCGAAAUCGUGGCCUACAAGACUUUCCCUAUCAACAAAUCCUGGGCAUUGAUUUUGGACACGUAACCCAGAAUACUAGUGAUGUCAGCAGCCUGGACUCCUUUGGGAAUCUGGAGGUCAGCCCACCAGUGACCGUGAACGGAAAAGACUAUCCUUUUGGAAGGAUCAUUAUCGGAAAUGCUUUCCCAACGACUUAUGGCGGGAGAAAGAUGACAAAGGUGGUUCGGGAAUUCCUGCACGCUCAGAAAGUGCAGUCACCGAUUGAGCUCUACUCCGACUGGCUGGCGGUUGGUCAUGUAGAUGAAUUCUUGAGCUUUGUUCCAGCCCCUGACAGAAAGGGCUUUCGACUUCUCCUGACCUGUCCUGACGCCUGCCUCAGGUUGUUCACAAAGCUGCAGCAAGAGGGUCACGGGGAGCUGAAGAUGUUUGAAGGUGUAAGCCCUAACACAAUCAAAAUUAAUGAAAUACUUGAGGAUAAAAAAAUAGUUGAAGAUAAUGCCUUUGUACAGGAAUGCGUUAAUUGGAACCGCGAUAUCCUAAAGAGGGAAUUGGGGUUAGACGAAGAAGACAUUAUUGAUAUUCCUGGAUUGUUUUUCAUGAAAAGUGGUCAUGCAAAGGCGUACUUCCCAGAUAUGGUCAACAUGAUUGUCCUCGACAAAUACCUGGGCAUUCCCAAGCCCUUUGGACCUCUGAUCAAUAAAAAAUGUCCACUGGAAUCUGCAGUACGCUCUUUGCUGGAACCACUCGGUCUGCAUUGUUACUUCAUUGAUGACUUUUCUUCCUAUCACCUGAUGCUUGGUGAAGUUCACUGUGGUUCCAAUGUCCGCCGUAAACCAUUUCCUUUAAAGUGGUGGAACUUGAAGAAGUAAUCACCACUUACUGUUUCCACGGUGAAUCUAAUUACCUUGGCCUGGAAAUUCUGCAUGUUGGUAUUAAUGAACUAUAUUUUUCCAUCUAUCCUGAAUUGUUCUUACUAGGCGUUUGCCUUCUUCUAAUUACUAACGCCUUCUCUGAGAAUGUGUAGCCUCUGGUUUCAAUGCACAAUGUCACAUGAUGAGAUACUGGACCCUGAAUUUCUGGUUUCGGUCGGCAGUCUAUUGUUUAAAAAUGAAACCUGACUCCAGGCCUCAACAUGACUCUGACCCUUUUGUUCCAGGUGUGACUCAAAGCUUUGGUUCAUUGCUUAUGAAUGACGCAUUGACACCUACCUUCCUGUAGUAGAGCACUUCAAUUUCAGAGGCUGUUUUAUUUGUUAAGGGCACCUUCUAAAGUUCACAUUGUGUGAAAUAGGAAGAGUAUCAAUUUAUGCUACUUUUGCGGCUUCUCGGUAACAAGACUACAAAAGACAACAUACUUGUUGUGAAAGCUUCACAUCUUCUGUUAUAUAAUGAUCUUGACGCAAUAAAGAUUUGAUUCAAAUAA